CUCUAGCCGCCAAUUGAUUCAUCGUCCGUUUUGGACACGGGGAAGAGUGCAACUUGAACACGGAUACAAAACAAAGGCCGCCAAUGUGCGGUAGCAAUUUGUCGCAGAGACGAACCUGGUCCUCCUCCCCCUCCUCCUCUGGGAUCGCGUACAGAAGCAGCAAUGACUUUCCCCAACCCCGAGCUCAGGCGACAAGUCCUUUCCAUCUAUAAAGAGCUCCUCUACCUAGGAAGGGAGUACCCCUUAGGAUACGACUACUUCCGCCCUCGCCUUCGCGGCGCCUUCAAAGCCAAUGCCGGCUUGCGCGACGAAGAAGACAUUCGCCGCGGUAUCGAGCGCGCCCACUACGUCAAGAAGGAGAUCGAAGCACUGUACUAUCUCAAACGAUACCGCACCCUUAGGAAACGAUAUGUACCAGGGGCCUGAGCCCUGAGCCCUGAGCCCUGAGCCCUGAGCCCUGAGGCCCCGAACCAAGCCGAGGGA